AUGUUAGUCAAUUAUAUCGGCUUAGGAGUUCUCCUUAUUGUUGGGCUCUCAGCGAUUUGCAGAGCAGGUGUAAUACAGGACCAAGAUAUUCUUGACAUUUUGGGAAGUCCUAGCAAAGAAUGCACUGAAUGCUCGCCACAAGAAGCAGCAGAAAUAGACAAGAAUGACAAUAUACUGGAGGAGCCAGUAAAAGACGAAAGUUUAGAUGAGUUAGAAAGUGAGGAAGCAGGUCAUCCACGAAGGAAAAGAAGCAGAUCGGAUUCUGACGACAGCUCCGACAGUAACACGAAGUCAGACAGCAGUGACAGCAGUGAAACCAGAGAGAAAAAAGAAAAAAAAGAAAGGGAUGAAAAAAGGGGAGACAGUGAAAAUUUCUUGUCACAAUACAACUUGGUAUCCCGAAUUGGGAGAAGUGUAUAA